CUCAUUUCGUUUUGUACACAUUUUCUAAAUAUCACCAAUAAGUUUAAUUAAAAGUAGUCAUUAAAUAAUUGUUUCAUCAAAAUGCCGUGCCAGAUUUACUUCGAGGACACCGUCGUAACGGAUAUGAACAAUGUCCACGAUGUGGCGUCAUUGAAGUGCAAUAUUUCUCAAAAAUAUGAUAUUCCAAGUGAAGAUCUAUUCGUGACUAUCAAUGGAAAGGCUGCUUCAAGUGAUUCCACAUUAGAAAACAUUGAUAAUGUGGUCAGAGUCUUCACAAAACUCGUCGGAGGCAAAGGUGGUUUUGGGUCAAUGUUACGUGCUAUCGGGGCCCAAAUUGAGAAAACCACAAAUCGUGAAGCUUGCCGCGAUCUAUCAGGGCGUCGUUUGAGAGAUAUUAACGAAGAAAAACGUCUCAGGAAGUGGUUGGAAGGGCAGGAUGAGAGAGAAAAAGAAGCGGCCGAGAGAAAGCAAAAGAAAUUAGAACGUCUUAUAGCCGAGCCUAAGAUUGACGUGAAUUUGCAUCCUAGCUACGAACGCGAGCGUCAGGAGCUGCCGGAGCGUGUAAGCGCGGCUUUAGAUGCUGGCUGGCAAGCGGCAGGGUCAUCAAAUGAGACUGGCCAGAAAAGAAAGCUUGUAGAAGAAAAAACUAAGGCCAAAAAGAAGAAGCUAUGGAUAGACGCGGAGUUGUCAGACUGUUCUUCGUUAAGUGAAGACGAGGAAGAAGAGGAAAGGAAAAGCCCGGUGCAGACUGUGUCUACGGACAGUGGGAAUGAGUCGGACAAGGUCUCGGAAAGCAGUAAAGUGUAGAUUUAACUGUGU